AUGGGUUGGAGACUCCACGCCGUCCUCACCGUCCUCGGACUGGUAUAUCUCUGGGUGCGAGCCGCCAGGCAUCUAGUCCCUCUCCCCGCGUGGUUCAAGUGGGUGAUCAAAGGCUACCUCCUCUACACACAUGUCGGACUGAGUACUGCCGCCGAGUCUUCGCGAGCUAUCAAAACGACCACUCUUAUUGCCAGGGCGAUAGCUGAGCUGCGAUUUGCGAGGAUCAACCCCUUACCAAAUCCGGGAAAGACGUCAACUGAACCUCCCUCCCCAUCCUACAGCUAUAAACCACUUCGCAAAGAUGGCGAAAUUCGACUUUUGCAAUUCCUACCUGUUGAGAAUGGCAAUCACGAUUCUCCCUUAACCUGCCAGCUUCGCCAUUUCCCGUUAUUCAAGUCCCCGGACCACUACGCCCUAUCAUACUGCUGGGACGACCGCCACACGGAGGACCACAUCGAAAACGAAGAGCCCAGUGUCCCUGAGCACACGCAACUCCUAGUCUCAUCCGAUGGCGCGAUAAAUAUCACCCAGAAUCUGGCCAACGCCUUGAGAGAGAUCAGAAGACAAUCACCGACGAUUUGGCUAUGGGUAGACCAAGUGUGCAUCAAUCAGCUAGACAACGCCGAGAAAUCGAAACAAAUCGUCUUAAUGCGCAAGAUCUAUUCCACCGCCACGCAGGUCCUCGUCUGGCUCGGCGACGACGCGGACAAGUGCGUCUCCCGCGCCUGUGAGCUCGCCAACGCCCUGGAACCGUCCAUCGACAAGCGCAGUUUGCUCUCUAACACCCAGCAGCUCAUCCAGAUGGAUGACCAGACCUGCGCCGACUACGGGAUCCCGCCGCUCAUCGAAGCAGUCCCCGGGUACGCCGCGCUCAUCACGUUGUUGAAUCAUCCCUGGUUUGUCCGGGCGUGGGUCGUCCAGGAGGUAGCCUACGACAAUGCGUGGGUCGUGUCCACGGAGCUAAAGGUACCGCUGCUUACCCUUGUAAAGGCCCUUUACUUCUGCCUCAAGUCCUUGGUCGACCUCGUCCCCACGAUGCGCCCCGAUGCCAACCGCGCCCUGCUCUCACUUCUCAACACCGUUGCUGUCGGCCACAUCGAGGCCGGGGGCAGCCUGCUCCACGUCUUGAGCAGACACCGCUGUCGGUAUGCCACCCUACCUCAGGACAAGGUAUUCGCGUUUCUCGGGGCCGCGGACGACAUAGACCGCCUAAAACUAUCCCCCGACUAUACUCUCCCGGCGCAUACCGUCUUCAUCGAAACCGCCGUCGCCAUCCUGCAGACCCAGGAUAAUCUCGACAUCUUGAGUGUGGCCAAACCUAUCGUGCCCGAAUCUGACGACCCCGCCCUCCCCGCCAGCUACACAAAUGUCAUAAGACAAAGGCAGAAUGCCCGCAUCGACCCCUCCCUCUUGCCGAGCUGGGUUCCUAACUGGGACGUGGCUCUUAUCGGAUUGGCUUUACGGCGCAAGGACGCCAACGGUAGCUACAUAUACCCCUUUGACGCAACCAGCGGCUCCACGCCAACACUUCAGUUCCGUCUCGCAGACAAUAAACUCGGCGUCUCCGGGUACGUCUUCGACGAGAUCGCCAAGGUUGGAGAUGUUCACGGAUGUGCCGGCCCUCUCAGCGUGUACACCAAAUUUCACGUAUUUACGCAGUGGGAGAAGCUCUGCUCGGCUUGGAGCAAUCGCGUAUACGAAUGCACCGGAGAGAAUAUGUGGACCGCCUACACAUAUUGCGUGACUCUGGGAGGCCGCAUGGUGCAGCCCUUCGAUUUUGAUGAGCAUGAGCAGGCCGACUACGUUGCGAAGGAGUACCUGACAUAUAGAUUCGCCAUGAGGAACAUGGCUAUCAUCAUGGGGUUGGGUAUUAACCCCGGAAACUCCCCAAUGAUAUUUGGGGCGUUGUUUGCCCUUGUAACCACUGUCACUGUGCUCGCAAAUGAAGUUUUCAAGAUGCUCGGUAUAAGCGUGUGCUCCACCGGCUCCAUUUCGCAAUCCUUCACGAACCUACUUACGGGAUCAUCAGGUCGUCGCCUACUCGUCACGAAAGGUGGUUUAAUAGGUCUAACAGUGCCCGAUGCCCAACCCGGCGAUCGCCUUGCCUUGUUAGCCGGAAGUGCGGUGCCCAUUGUACUUCGCCCCAAGGAUCACGGGUCGGAGACCUGCUGGGAGAUUGUAGGGGAUGCGUAUGUACACGGCGUCAUGCAUGGGGAGAGAUUUGACGGGCCGCAGUGUGGGACGCUUUGGAUCGUUUGA